AAGAGCACAAAUACUCCAAACAAUGGGAAAGGAAAACAACAGAAGUCAUUAAGGAUGGCACAAGGUUCAUGUGACAUUUGUUUGGAUGGCACUUGGGCGUGUGAAGGGACGAGAAAUCAAUCUAUAAAUAGCAUGCAGUAUUAGUCUAUCCUCACAACACAUAGUUGGGAAAGGAAAGAAAAAAUAGAAGUGAUGGGUAGUAUAGCUGAUAAUUGGAAAGAGCUAAGCGGCUCAAACAACUGGAAGGGUCUAUUAGAGCCUCUCAAUGUUAAUCUCCGCCGUUAUGUAAUUCACUAUGGUGAAAGGGUUGAAGCUAUUUAUGACUCAUUCAAUAGCGAGACAAAUUCUAGAGCGUACGGGUUUCCCCGUUUCCCCCCGGAAAAACUCUUCUCUGAGGUUGACCUACAAGAUGGUAAUCCAUACAAGUAUACUGUGACCAACUAUUUCUAUGCAUAUUCAGAGGUUGACAUCGACAAUGUAGCUGUUGCUCACCAAUCAGCGUGGAUUGGUUAUGUGGCUGUGGUCACAGAUGAAGGAAAAGAUGUGUUAGGAAGGAGAGACAUUUUGGUUAGCUGGAGAGGAACGAAAGGUGAAGUGGAGUGGAUCAAAGAUUUUCAAUUUGAUCUGGUCUCAGCUUCAGAUAUAUUUACUGGGAACAACAAUGCUCUGGUUCACGAUGGAUUUCACUCCAUCUAUACAAAAUCAAAAUCUGACUCCACAUACAAUAAGUCUAGUGCAAGAGAACAGGUUCUGAAAGAAGUGAAGGCCCUGGUGGACAAAUACAACGACGAAGAGAUUAGUAUAACUGUAACAGGCCACAGUUUGGGCGCAGCUCUUGCAACAUUGAAUGCGGCUGACAUAGUGGCCAGUGAAAGUAAUAAGCCUACAGGGUCACACACCGCAUGCACGGUGACAGCCUUUGUGUUUGGGAGCCCUCAUGUUGGAGACGAUGGCUUCAAGACUGCAUUCGAUGCGCUUAGCAAUCUUCAUCUCUUACGAAUUAGAAACGCGAAAGAUAUUGUUCCUUGUCUUCCACCCUUUGCCUUAGGUGAUACAUCCCACAACUACGUUGAUGUGGGAGAAGAGUUAAAAAUCGACACUACCAAAUCACCAUACGAGAAGACCGAUAUUACCGACCUUUUAACCCUAUUGAGUGUUUGGCAUAAUUUGGAGAAUUACCUCCAUGGAGUUGCGGGGACACAAGGAAGUGGGGAGUUUAAGUUGGUAGUUGAUCGUGAUUAUAACCUGGUGAACAAAGGGUUAGAUAUUUUAAAGACCGAAUACCAUAUUCCAGCCAAUUGGUGGACUGGUGUGAAGAACAAGUGCAUGGUUCAGCUGGAUAACGGCUUCUGGAAGCCGCAGGAAUAUGUCCCAGAUCCUCCUAGUACCUAAUCAUCCUAGGGUCUCUGUAAUGGAAAUAAGUUCCUCUGCUUAUUAUAAUUAAGAGGGCGUUGGGCUUGGGAUUUUCUUGCUGGUUAGAUCGUUAUGUUUCACUGCUGUGUUUGUUAUUUGCUUAAUUGUGACUGUUCCAUUGGUGGAAUCUCUGCUUCUAAUCUAUGGGUUAUUUGCUCCUGUUGGCAUUAUCCAUUGUGGUUUUUUUUUUUUUUUUUUUAAAUGCUAUGUUGUAUUCCAUUAUUAAUAAAAAUUCUAGAGAUAAAUAAU